CGUGAGCGAUCGAAUGCGAUUUCGCACUUGAAAAAGGUGCGAGAAGCUGAAGAAGGCGUUUCUCUUGAAUUUGAGGUAUCAAGUAUUCGUGUUUGGUCAAGUGGUCAUGGUGAAAGUGGUUUGUUGUUGAAAAGCGUUUGCGGUUGACCUGCCUGAGAGUCGGCGGCGCUAGGCGACUCUUGGAGAGGUUCCCAGGCUGCUUCCUCCCUACCAGCCUUCAAAGUUGCAGAUUCAGCAGCCUCGUCAAACCGACACAACACCACUUACACAACGACACAAUGCCUGGAACAGUGACAGUGCGAAACACGGUCGAUAGACUGGAUAAGCCAAGUGCAUACUACCAAUCCAGGGUAAGAGAGAAAAACCACCAUCACCGAAUUCCAUAAUGUUCUUUCACUCGGCGCAUCGCAUCGCAUAGCUAACCUGCUGUCUUCACAAUUCAGAACAACAAAAAACGCCGAUACCAAGAUGAAGACGAGCGCGAGAAAACCCCCGAACCAGUCGAUGAUCCCCUAAAAGACGCCGCAACCCUCUAUGUAGGGAACCUGUUUGUCCCCCGAAUCCCCUCUCAUCAACGCAAUCCUCUAACAACCACAGAUCCUUCUACACAACUGAAGAACAAAUCCAUGAACUUUUUGCCAAAUGCGGUGAGAUCAAGCGCUUGAUUAUGGGACUAGAUCGUUUCACCAAGACGCCCUGUGGCUUUUGCUUCGUAGAAUACUACACACAUCAAGACGCUCUGGAUUGCUUAAAGUACAUUGGCGGUACGAAGUUGGACGAACGGAUUAUACGGACCGAUUUGGACCCGGGAUUUCAAGAGGGAAGACAGUAUGGACGGGGUAAGAGUGGGGGACAGGUUAGAGAUGAGUAUAGGGAGGAGUAUGAUGAGGGACGGGGUGGGUUGGGGAGAGCGAUUCAAGCGGAGAGGAUGAAGGAGGAGGAGGAGUAUGGGAAGGGGAGAUGA